AGAAUUCCACGGAGCCAACAGUGCGCGAACCGCCACCACGCGACGCGGUUGCUCCGUCGCGAUAUCCCUUUCCGUGUAUAUAUAUAUAUAUAUAUAUAUCUCUUCACAGUUCUUUCAGAUAUAUAUGUACAUCUUUCUCAGGCCACUUUAUACGUUUACUUUCGCGCCUUGUCCCACCAAUUAAAUUUCGAUAAAUUUCGAGAAGCACCGCGAACGAUCGGCAAAAGAACUCGCCGACAACCUGAUCCUUCGUUUCUCCCCUCGUUUCUUUAUUUGGAAAUAAGCGACUCGAGUCAUAAUCAUCGUUUCUCGAUUAAAAUCAUGAGGUAUCGCACGCGUUUUUUCGCGUGAUUCGUACAAGGUGAAAAAUUAAAAAAGACGUAAUCGAGUUAAAGAUAAGAUAGGAAAGAAGGAGGGAAAUUUCAAAGGAUCGAUACGAGGAUCGAUUAACACUCUGGACGAUUAAGACUCUCGAUGGGUAGAAGAGAGAGGAAUAUCGGUGUUUGUACAAAAAAGACUGUGGGACGAUUAUUAGUUUUAUCAAUUAUCGUGGUUCAAUGGUGACACGUUUAUCGGGGGGAGAUUUAUUUGAUUGAAGAAUUGGAGGGAGAUAUUCGGAGAUAUUCGGAGGAAAUUAUUCGGAGGCGUCCUGCGAUUUUGUCGAAGAGAAAUGCGACGUUUCGAGAGAUAUUACAUUUUAUGAUGAGCCGGCGAGACGCAUCGAGUCGUCGAACCAGCGACGUCGACGGCGACUGAUUAUGACGCGCGUCCGCACGCGUCGCGAUUUCUCUCGCCUCGUCCUCCUCCUCCUCCUCCUGCUCGGCCUCCUGUCCGCCCGUGGCGUGUUGCCGUGCGACGAGAACCGUCAAGCCAAGCAUCGCGAUGUCUCCGCGAUGUCCCCUCAUCAUCGCCUCCGCGACAUCGGGGAGAGGAAAUAUUUCCACGAGGGGCGAGAAUGGACGAAUGGGUUCGAGAACGAGAUCUCCGGAUGGUCGAGGAGAGGAGGAACGAGGGCGAGAAGGAGGUUGGACGAAACGCGAGUCGUGGCCACGUUCGCGCCCGAGACGGCCACCGAUUUUCGCGCUCGCCACGAGAGGCGAAAGUUUCGCAGGAAGGAUAACGAUGGGACGAUUUUGAACGAGAAACGUUCAGGCGAAGCGUUCAGGGCGAAGAGGAAUUUUGGCAGGAGGCAGAAAACGGCGACGGUCAACUCUGCUUCCAACUGCGAGGGUUACGAGGAGGGGUUAUUGUCGGGAAACGAGGGAAAGGACUCGUGGCGGGGGGCCGCGAGGAGGAACAGAUCCGGUGACGGGGUGACGGAUAAUCCCGAGGCGAGGGGAAAGGACGGGAGUAAUCCGGUCGAUUGGGCGGAAGUGAACGGGAGUCUGUCGUCGAGCGAGGAACCGUUCACGGGAUUCGAGGGCUCGCAGAAAUUCCCUAUAAAAGUCACGUACAAGCCGCCCGUGGCAGCCCAAGUGGAAAAGUUCGACAGAAGGCACUUCGGCCCGCCUAAAGUGGACGUCGGCGAGACCACGCUCGCUCCCACGUACCCAUCCACCGUUUCCCCCGAUCUUCCGAAGAGCCCAGGCAGGGACGUCCUUCAUCGGCAUCGCAAAGUGGACGAGAAUACGGAGGAGGAGCGGAGACAGGAGGAGGGCGAGAGAGGGGGCGACGACGAAACGGACGACAGCUGGUUGCCCGGUGCGUCUUCCGGUCGGCGAGCCUCCAACAUACCCACAGCUGGAAAAUCUUCCCCGGCAGACGAGAAACGCGUCUCUUCUUCCACCUUCCCCUCUCCUUUUCCAUCCACCGGAAUCGACGCCAGGGAUAUCGAGCGAGAAAGUAACGGGACGGAGGUGAAAUCGUCCGAAAAGAUAAACGUAACCAUCCUGGGUCUGUUCGAGAUGACGCGAGGCUCCGAGCCUAGGCCGGAAGGGACCAGCGAGCUGCAAGCGGCGAGAUUGGCCGUCGAACGCGUCAACGAAAUGAACGUUCUAUCCAAGUUUCGGCUGCGCCUCAUUCACAACGAUACCAAGUGCGAUCCGGGGGUGGCGGUCGACAGAUUCUUUCACGCUCUCUACUCGGCGAAGAAAAACGAUCUGAUACCGUUGUUGCUGGGCACCGCCUGCUCCGAGGUCACGGAAACCUUAGCCAAAAUCGUGCGCUACUGGAACGUGAUACAGGUCUCGUUUGGAUCCACCGCACCUGCUCUCUCGGAUUCCACCGAAUUUCCGCUUUUCUUGCGCACGGUGGCGCCGGAUUCCAGCCACAAUCCCGCCAGGAUAGCGCUCAUCAAACAUUUCGGAUGGGACACCGUCACCGCCCUCUCUCAAACCGACGACAUGUACUCCCUGGCAGUGAACGAUCUGGUCACGGAGCUGGAACAAGCGAAUAUCACAUGCGCAGCUACCAUCACGUUCGCGGAGAACGAUUACAAGGAACAGUUGCAAACUUUGAAAAAAUUGGACACGAGAAUCAUCAUAGGAAGUUUUUCACCGCAAUUGGCGUCACGUGUUCUGUGCGAGACUUGGAAGCUAGGGAUGCACGGAGGAGACUACGCGUGGAUCCUGCCAAGCGACACGAUCGAGCAAGUGGCGAAAACGCCGGACAAUUCCUCUUAUUCCGAGGAAUGCACAUCUUCGCAGCUCGACCAAACCUUGAACGGCUUGAUUAUCGUCAACAGUCAUGACUCUGCCUUAGAAAACGAAAUCACUUCGUCCGGUCUGACGAACAACAAUUUCUUGUCGGAGUUGGGGAGCAGAGGCGUGACGUAUUCAAAGUUCGCAGGGCAGACGUAUGACGCAGUCUGGGCUAUGGCGUUCGCGUUGAAAAAGACCGAGGCAAUCUUGAACAGAGACAACAUCAGUUUGGCCCAAUACACGCACGCUAGAAAGGACAUCGCGUUGCUGCUGUUGCAACAGUUGAAACUUUUGCGCUUUAUCGGGGUUUCGGGGCCAGUCUCGUUCGACGGUGCCGAUCGAAUAGGUAUCACAGCAUUCUACCAGAUGCACGGCCGCGUUAAGAGGAAAAUAGCGAUUUUCAGUCCAGAGGAUGGAAAACUGGUGAUGAAUUGCUCGGAAUGCGCAACGAUGAGAUGGCCGGAUGGACAUCCCCCAGCAGCUCGAAGGGUUUUCCGGUUAAGGGUGGUGACUGUUGCACCUGCGGCCUUUCUAGCGGUUACCUGCCUGGCCAGCAUCGGCGUCACCCUAGCGUUCGCUUUCUUGGCGUUCAAUUUGCACUUUCGCAAGCACAAGAGUAUAAAGCUUUCGAGCCCCAGGCUCAACAACAUGGCCGCCUUUGGUUGCGGUUUGGUCUACGGUGCGGUGAUACUUUUGGGCUUGGAUCACGCCACCCUUCCCGACAGCAACGACUACUAUCCUACAGUAUGCACCGCGAGAGUGUAUUUAUUGUCCGCGGGAUUUUCCUUGGCUUUCGGAUCGAUGUUCACCAAAACGUAUCGCGUUCAUCGAAUUUUCACGAGAAGUAGAAGCGGCGUUGUCAAAAACAAGCUACUUCAGGAUACUCAGCUUAUAAGCUUGAUCUGCGUACUCUUACUGAUAGACGGCCUCGUGGUUACCCUGUGGGUCACUUUCGACCCGAUGCAACGUCAUCUUCGAAACUUAACCCUGGAGAUGAACCCGCAAGACAGAGGAGUGGUUUACCAAUCUCAGGUGGAGGUGUGUCGUUCUCAACACACGAACAGCUGGUUGGGGGCGCUUUACAUUUACAAAGGUCUGUUGCUCGUCGUCGGCCUGUAUAUGGCUUGGGAAACGAGACACGUGAAAAUACCGGCUUUGAACGACUCCCAGUACAUCGGCAUGAGCGUUUAUUUCGUGGUGAUCACGUCGGGAAUCGUUGUGGUGUUGGCGAAUUUGAUGUCCGACCGCGUAACUUUGGCCUUCGUUACGAUCACCGCUCUGAUCUUAGCCUCGACGACCGCUACCCUUGCGUUGCUGUUCCUUCCCCAGCUUACCAACAUUCUGGCCGGCGAGAGGGCAGACCCUGUCGUCCAAAGCCUAGGUUUGAAGAUCGAAUGCAACACGAGGAGAUUCGUGACCGACGAUAGAACGGAGCUCCAGUAUCGCGUGGAAGUGCAGAAUCGCGUGUACCGGCGCGAAAUGGCACAGCUGGAGCUGGAAUUGGCCAGAUUGGAGAAACAAUUGGCGCAGGAGCCGGUCGAGCCGUCGCACGCUUCGUCGAGCGCGUCGAUCCCGCAACGCAAUCCGAGCAUCGGGGGUGGCCUACCUUUGUUGUUGCUCAGCGUCCUCCCACCGGUCAUCCCCAGGGCCAGCUGGCCGUCCGCCGAUUCGUCCGGGAUACGACGCGGUACUGUAGCGUUUAGCAGUCAACCGGACUUGGAGCCGGACACGGGGAGGCGAAGCCUCGCGGACAUUUACAAGCUCCACCAGCGGAGGGAGGCGGAAGGGGCAAAUCGUUUAGGCGUUUUUCAACGAUUCUUCAACCUUUUCGGCAGUCGUCCCAGCAGCAGGAAAACCUCGAUCGCUUCGUUCACAGGAGUGGCGUCGGCGUUACGGGUUCACAUGGGCUACAUCGCGGGCCUGGUGCCGGGCACGAAAGCCGCGUCUACCUGUCAGGUUAACGCCCAAGGCGCUCGUUCCCCUCAUCCUCGAUGCGGCUCAGGACCAAUAAUUAGUAUUACUAGCGAGGAGGAUCGCAGAUUAAGCCUGGGGUUACGUCGCAAAGAGUACAGCGAGCCGAGAGUGAAUUUCAGUUUACCACCGAAAGCGAGCACGAGCCAAACGUCGUCGUCGCGGGAAAAAAUUCGGGGAUCGCCCCGUUUUCCUCAUCGGAUAGUGCCGACGAACAGUUUGAACACGAUUGCGUCGAUGGGAUCGUCGAUCUCGAAAUCUCAUCGAUGGCAUUCCAUGGAGGACGCGAGAAAAAGCAAGAGCACCGUCUGCCAACUCCCCCGUGGCUCGUCCUGCAGCCCAAGCUGCGACGUGUGGGCCACUCGUGAAUUCGGGAUUCCAUUGAGCGAGUUGGGGAACGCUGCGCAGGGCAAAAAAGUCGGGGAGUCAUUAGCCAUCGCCGUUACGGCGGAAUCGGACGUGAAUCCGGACGUUGGCGCGAACGAUUCGAAGAAAGAAUUGUCGAAAGAGGGUGAAGAGGUGCGCGUCGAGUCGGACGUGAAAAAUCCUCGUCCCGUUUCCUCCUCCUCCUCCUCGUCCUCCUCCUCAUCCUCCGCCACGUCGCGCAUCAGGACAACAUUGAGCCAUGCGACGAACGACGCCUCCUCGUCGAGAAACGAAUCUGCACGGUUAAUAAACGCAAACUUGGAGAUCGAGAAGUCGGAUCGUUCCUCCCGAGGAGAUGGAUAAUCAUACGAAACGCGAAAUCGUACGAAAAUCAACUGCCGCGUAGAUUAAAGUGAUAAGCGUGGGGGAAAAUAACUUGCUGGAUAUUCUUUUGUUCUUCUUCCAUUCUAUUACGUUAUUAACCAAGAGGGAGAAGAAUACACUCUCUCGAUGAAAAGAUUGAAAACAUGCGCGAGACAAUUUCUAGAAAACGAAUUCUCUGAAAACGCGUGGUUAUAUUUUUUUUUCUCUCUCGUUUCUCCUUUCUUGUGAGUUACAUCGUUUAAAAGAUAAUAAACGGGUAAAGGGAUGUGACAAAAAAAAAAAAAAAUGUAAUCAUCCGUGUACAUGACAAUCCUCAAUAAUCGUAUACACACGAAGGAUCAAGCUCAAAUUGAUCGAUGCGAAAAAAAAUUUAGCGUGAGAGUUGAGAAUAUCGUCUCUUUUAAUAUUUAUCGUAUGUGUGUUCCUUAGUAAUCGUGCCAAAGACAUAAGACUAUUACGGGGCCCGUAAAGGUAUACGGUUGAUCGGCAUUUUAUGGAUUAUCGCAUUAUGAAGGGACCAAAAAUAUAAUAAUAGCCAUUUCUUGUUCGUUCUUAGACGAAAUUGAUUUUUGAUUUGAUCGUGCUCGAAAGUUUUAACAAAAUUAUUUGCCGAUAUAAUUUUAAACGUAUAAUGAUUCGAGUUGUAUUUUCUUUUUUUUUUUUUUUUUUAUUACUCUCUCUAUUUUUUCGCGAUAUUGAACGACUUAAUGGCGUAAAGUCGUUGAAGGAACGCUGAGAGUACUCUUACAGGUCCAACGUUAAAGUGUUCAGUAUCCCCAUACCUUUCCUCAAGUACCUGCACUCGAUGUAAUAAAUGAAAAAGAAAUAUCUUCUCGUAAAAUGAAAAACCGUAAGAAUAAACGUAUUGGUUUCCUCUUAAAAAAAAUCAUCAAACCUGACGUACUAAUAUUUUAACACUAGUACGGAUAUAUAUAAAGAAUAUAUGUAUAAAUAUAUAUAUAUAUAUAUAUAUAGAUAAGUGUAAGGAAUAACGAGUGGAAAUAUUCUCCACGUACCUCUUCGAGUAUCUCGAUGUGUCAAUCAUUGAAUUACUACUGAAAACUUUUAUCGCUAAGCAAUAAUCUUUGUCGGUGCAAUUAAUAAUCUAUCUUGACUAACUGUAAAAAAAAUAUCAUCAUCAUCAUCGUCGUCGUCGUUUCCAUUCUAUCUAUUCAAGGAUAAAAGUAGAAAGAGUUUUUUGAAAGUAAAUCAGAAUAUUUUAUUUUUAUCUAUUUUUAGAUAUAACGAUGCAUAUGAAUUAGUAGAGUACAAAAAGUUAUAUUUUUUUCAAAACAAGGCAAUUAUUUACAUCAUAUUGCAAGUACAGGAUUUCAUACAUACGAAGGAUGUAUAAUAGAUAUACAUAAUUAUUUAUGAUUGGAAUAUGAAAUUUUGAAGAAUAGAAGAGUUAGGCUGCAAGAUUUGCGUAAAAGUUAAGGGGGAAAAAAAAAAAGAAA